AUGUCGCGACACAGGAUUAUUGCCCCGGCGGAAAUCGAGCGACAGGUUGCUCAAGGCGAACCGAUUGUAAUUCAUGAGGGCUACGUCCUGAAUCUAGGAGAAUGGAUUGACAAGCAUCCGGGCGGCCGUCUCGCCAUCCUGCACAUGGUGGGCAGAGAUGCGACCGAUGAAAUCAACAUCUACCACUCCAAUAGGGCGCUGCUCAUGAUGACAAAACACCGCAUUGGUCGCGUACAGUUGCCUUGGGCCAACCUUGAGCCUCCAAUUCGCUCGCCCAACUACUACAAGAAUCUGGAAGAGAAGAAGCGGGUGGGUGCGACUCUUGAGGCUGAGAGGCAACGACGCGGUAAAAGUGUCGACUUGGGAUCCGCCGCCGCUAUCAUUAGCAAAAAAUUGAUUGGAAAAUCAGACACCUGUGUAUUCAGGCCAAGCAGCAGGCCUGCCAGCGACCCGGACAAGAUUUUAUUAAUCGAAGAGGAUGCCGAGAUAUUGACCAUCACUGACCAGGAAGAGAAGAGGAGACAUCGCGAGCAAUAUGCCACUGAGCAAGAAAAGCUAGAAAUAGAAGAGGGUAUCCGCGAGAACCCUUCGCUCGACGUCGAGACGCAAAAGGCUAUUAUCGAAGACUACCGCGCUUUGCAUCAACAGAUCAAGGACGAAGGCCUCUACCAAUGUCGUUACUCCGAAUAUGCCAAAGAGUCGAUACGAUACGCUCUCCUUUUCGCCGCUUUUGCCGGCCUACUGUACAUCAAGUGGUACCUUACAUCAGCCAUCUUCCUGGGUCUAUUCUGGCAACAAAUCAUGUUCACAGCCCAUGACGCUGGUCACCGCGGAAUCACAGGAAACUUCGUUGCUGAUACUCUUAUCGGAGCUUUCAUCGCAGACUUUUGCUGCGGCCUCAGUAUCGGCUGGUGGAAAUCCAGCCAUAACGUGCACCAUCUCAUCACCAACAUGCCGGAGCACGACCCGGAUAUCCAGAACAUCCCUCUGUUCUCUACAUCUCCUACCUACAUGAAGUCCAUCCUUUCCUCCUUCUACAACUUCCAGUUUGUAUGGGAUGCCGCAUGCGAUUUCUUGGUUCCCUACCAAAAGUACCUCUACUACCCGAUUAUGGGAUUGGCACGAUUCAACCUGUACUUCCUCGGCUGGCUACAUCUGUGCUCGCCUCGCGCGGCUCAACUAGGUGCAGCCUGGUGGACGCGCCACGUCGAGCUUGUCUUCAUGUGCUGUUACUGGUAUCUCUUCGGCUACCUCCUUGUCUGGGUGACACUCCCCACAUGGCCAAUCCGCAUUGGCUUUGUCCUGAUUUCACACCUCGUCACUAUGGUUCUCCACGUCCAAAUCACCCUCUCCCACUGGGCAAUGCCCACCUCCGAUCUUGGCCCCACCGAGUCUUUUCCGCAACGCCAAAUGCGUACUACUAUGGAUGUUGAAUGCCCGGCAUGGCUCGACUGGUUCCACGGUGGCCUGCAGUUCCAAGCCGUUCACCAUCUCUUUCCCCGUGUUCCGCGUCACAACCUUCGCAGAGGCCAAGAGCUGGUCCGCGAAUUCUCAGCAAAGACGGGUAUCAAGUACCACUGCUACGGCUUUGUCGAGGGCAACAAAGUAGUCCUUAGCCGCUUAGAGCAGGUUUCACAAAUGGUGAAAAUCAUGGUGGACUGCCAAAAGUACAUGGCUGAGACUGGCGAGAGUGGUUUGCAUUAA